GCGCCGCUUCCUUUACACGGGGCUUGUGUACAGUAGUGAAAACAGGGUAUUAAACAGUGAAGCAGCAGCAGGAGAAGAAGGAGGAGGAGGAUCUGAGCGGGUUUCUCAGCGGGUUUCAGUUCUGUUUUCAGUCUCACAGGCAGGAGAAACAGCUCAGAAUUAGAGAGCAGGAGGAGAAGCAGCUGUAGAUAUGGCUUAUAGUUACUUAAAAGCCCAGUUACACCAGUAAAUAAAUGAAACAUUAUGAUCUGGACUGAACUGGGCGGCCAGACUGGACCUUCAUCAGGCUGAAUCAUCUCUUCAGGAUGUUAUAUAGAGAUUUUAAUCUAUUAAACGUUUAAUCUGAGAGUAAGAGGAGGUUAAAAUGCGGUUUAAUGAGAAGGAGCUGGUGUUCCUGAGCAGACAGCCCUCAGAGAGAGCGGCUGAGCUGGGGAUGAAGGGACCCAAGAAAGGCGAUGUCAUGAAGAGACGGCUGGUGAAGCUUAUAGUGAAUUUCCUGUUUUACUUUCGCACAGAUGAGGAGGAGCCAAUUGGAGCCUUACUGCUGGAACAGUGUCGAGUUGAGAGGGAGGAUAAUAUGGCCUUCUCCAUUGCUUUUCUGGACGAGGCUGAGAGAAAGUACCUGUUUGAAUGUGACUCUCAGGAGCAGUGCCUUGAGUGGAUAGACGCCAUUGUCAAAGCUAGCUAUGAGUUCAUGCGCAAGAACCUCGUCUUCUACCGUACUGAGAUCCAUCGACUCACUGGCAAGGACCCGUUGGAGCAGUACGGGAUUUCAGACGAGACUCGCUUCCAGGUCAACAGUGGGUUUCCUCCUCUGCCCCCUCCGCCCACAUAACCCAGCCCAGUGAGUCAGCCCAGAAUCCACCCGGCUUGCUUACGUCAAGAGUUUUCAAUACGAACUGAGAAACUGCUGCCUUUAUCUUAUAUAUAUAUUUUUUUUCUGACUAUCUAGGCAUUUUUAAUGUGCCAUGGUCAUUUCACUUUUCCCCCACUUGAGUUUGUGUGUGUUUUUGAUUUUUUUUUUAUUGACUGUAUGUUGUAUGUGGUGGUGUGUUGGUGGCUGUGUGUUGGUUUUAAGCGCAAUGGCACUGUUAUGAAUGUUAGCUGAGAAUGAGCCAGUAGCGGUGCAUUUCAAUGCAUUUAUGCAUAUUUUAUGAUCCAUGUAGCCUUUAUACGUUGUCAGAACAUAUGACCAAAUUUGUAACGGCCCCUGUUUUGUGGUUUCACUUCACAGAACUGCCCCAGUUUUGCCUUUAGACACGGUUUUAGACACAACUUCCCUUUAAUCGUGCUUCAUUUCACAUGCCAUCAAACUUAGCCUUCACUGCUUAGUUUUAGGCAUUUUAUUGAUUUUAAAUAGAUUUUUUUAUAGCUUUAAUAAGUUAGCAGAACCAAGGCCUUGUUCAGUAGGGCGUUUUUCUUGGUUGUUCUAAUUUGCACUCUCUUUUAGUAAUUUUAAUAUAACACGUGCACUGCUAUUAAUACAUCAUGAAGACCUACUGCAAGACCAACACUGGCAUGUCUGUUUCUGUCAAUGGAUCAGGAAGAUUAGGCAGUGUAAGUGUUAAUAUUGCAGUCAUUUGCAUAUGUUGGGCAUUACUAGCGAAACUAAGAGCAACCAUAGAGUCUCUCUGGCAUUUACCAAUAUAAUCUCAAGUUUCCAGUGGUGCAGAGCCUGGUCUUAGUGUACUUAACAUGUAUAGGAAUAGUUCAGUAAAAAAAAAAAAACACUUUGAGGGGAAAAAAGUAUUUGGACACACAUAUAUUACAUAUAUUAAUUGUUACACCUACAGAAAGUUUUAGAUAUAGCAUCCCAUUCUAAGUUACAAAAAUGCAAUAUGAGGCUGUUAAAAUCCCAGAUAUUGAUGUAAAAACACUAUAAAUUAUAAAUAUAUUAAUAUUAGUCACAUUGUCCUAGGAGUCAUCAGUGUGGAAUCGCUCCCCCUUUGCAGCUGUGACAGCCAAGUAUGGAGCUCUGAAUGUUCAGCAGAGCAUUUAAGAGAAUUUAAUUUUCUGUGCUACAAGUUCAGUCGGCUUUUUAGAUUUAUAUAUAUAUAUAUAUAUAUAUAUAUAUAUAUAUAUAUAUAUAUAUAUAUAUAUACACUUGCUGCCGAAGAACUGAAUUAAAUACCUGCAUUUUAAGGCCCCUGGAAACCCAUUUUUUGUAUAAUAUUAAAAUUAAUAGGGGUGGGCGAUAUGGCUCUAAAAUAAUAUCACGAUAUUUCAGGCUAUUUUUGCGAUAGCGAUAUAGGAAAACUAAAAUAAUUCAUUCAUUUCAGGAAUAUAGUAUAAUAAUAUAACAGUAUAAUCAUAAUGUGACAAAAUAAAUAAUAUACUAUAAAAUAAUAUAAUGCUAAAUAAUAUAUUAUAUAAUAAUAUAAUACUAAUAUAAUAAUAUAAUACUAAAACAGUUAUACAAUAAAUACACCUAAGGCUUCACAGUAAAUAAUAGACUACUUUAAAGACAGAACAGCUCUAUUAUCACGAUAUGGAUUUUUAAUAUCAUGAUAUUUCUGUCUCACGAUAUAUUGUAUACAGUAUAAUAUUGCCCACUCCUAGUGUUCAUAAAGUAAAACAUGAUAAAGAAUCAAAAUGUGCUCUUUUUAGACCUCUCUAAGAACUGUGUGGGCGUGGUCGUAAUAUUCUAAUGAAUGUACAUGACUGACAGCUAGCUGUCUAUCACUAGCAAACAAAUGUUUGUUUAAAUUAAAAUGGCAACACUAAGGAGCAUAAAGAGAGAGAGGAGCUCAGCUUAUAUGGUUGCUAAGCGACAGCUCUCCGAAUUGCCAGUUCCGGUUGCUCAGACUCGAAAAGAAGUGAUGAGUGAUGUUAGCCUUGUGAUUGGUCAGGGUUCUGCUGAUGUCAGCCUGACUCACAUUUAGACCCGCCCAUUCUACAUCCAGAGGAGAAUGA